AUGACCGCCCGGCAAUCAACGCCCUCGUCAGAGCACUCUGCUCACUCGGACAACGUCCGCAAGCGAGUCUGCAAGGCCUGCGACCGCUGUCGUUUGAAAAAGUCCAAGUGUGACGGCGCUAGUCCCUGCGGCCGGUGUCGUGCAGACAACGCCAUCUGCGUGUUUGGCGAGCGCAAGAAGGCUCACGAUAAAGUGUAUCCAAAAGGAUACGUCGAAAUGCUAGAACAACAACAGGUCUGGCUCGUCAACGGACUGCAGGAAUUGUACCGGCGCGCCCACGACGGCGACGCCUGGACGGGCGAGCCGCUGAAACUCGAGUCGAAUGGACACCCCCUGACGCACGAUCUGCUGACCAAGCUCGGCGCGCUGGACCAUAGCAAGGGCGAGCACUUUGAGGAGAACGUCGACGUUAUGCAGCACGAUCUCUGGCGCCAAAAUAACGGUUAUAUGCAGAGGCAGGAGUCAUCGGAUGGGAGCUCAGAUACCGCCCAUUCUCCAGUCAGCCAUCACAACAAUAAUAGUAGUAAUAAUGAGUCGAGAGGAGGGUCUCGCUUCGCAGAUGCUUUUGCACGUCAUCAGCUCCCGCCUACGCCGCCAAGCUACAGUCCCUCGUCGCGGACACAGCAUCUAUCAAUUAAACAAGAGCAGCAACAACAACAACAUCAACUGACACCGGCCUUCCAGAUGCCGGCGCAGGUGUCUCAGCAACAAGGCGUCAAUCCAAUGGCGCUGCAGAGCCAGCAGACGUGGCCCGGCAAUGAGUUGGGUUCGUUCGACGAUAUCGAUAUGAUGGGCAACCAGUACACAUUAUUCGACGAGCAAAUACAAGCGACGGGGGCAUCGCCGAUGUACGGGCGACAGAUGUCAAUGCAGUGUUUACCGCCGAGUAUGCUGUUUGAUGCGAACGAUGAUUUUAAUCAGUACUUUAACCCGAAUACGGAGAUUCCAUCGAUAUAG